UACGAGAUGGCAAUUUGAGUUAUUUACUUACGACAACAUAGUUUUUGUUUGGUGGUAAUUUAAAUAUGUGUGUGGUUUAGAAAUGUUAAUUAUGAAAUGCUGAUUGAUAUAAUUGUGUAUUAAAUAUGAAAUAUGCUACUAAAAUAUUUUAAUUUUGUGGAAAAUUGUGACAAUGAUGUAUUUACAUUUAAGAACAUGUUUAUUUCUCACGAGUUUACAUUUCACAGUUGUAUACACAGCUUUAGUCCAGAUGCGUGUGGUAAAAGAUACAGCUAAUUAUGGGAGUUUUGGAAAUAUUUAUGGGGAUACUGACAAUACCAAUCAGCUAUAUACUUCAAUCCCUCCAGCAAAUUUUAGUGGACCAACAUUACUGAAGAGAUUGGAUGGAAAAUGCUAUAAUUUGACUCAGGAAAGGUAUAAAUAUGAACUGUGUCCUUUUCAAAAUAUUACUCAGUAUGAAAUUUCUCCUAGAUGGAAUGCAUAUCAUGGAAUUUUGGGGUAAUAAUAAUUA